AUGACAAGGAGGCAGGAUGAGAGUGAUGAUGACAUUUCCAUCACCUCAACUGCGGCCAGCUCACAGGCGUCUGAGUAUGAUGUGGAAGCUAUCCUAGCUGAGCACGAAUUCCCAGACAGAAAGAGGUACCUGGUCAAAUGGGCCAACUACCCUGAGUGGAGAAGUACUUGGGAGCCUGUGGAUUCCUUCAAAACGGCGGAGACCCUUAUCGACUGGCAACGCAGGAAACAGCAGAUUGCAGAAGGGAAGCUUGAAGCGUAUGACGUAGCCAACUGGGAGCUAAAGAACUUGAAACACCAGGAGGCAAAAGAGGAAAAGAGACGCAGAAGAGAUGCCAAAAGGAAACGCCUUGGCUUACCCACGAAGGGCCCCGUGAUUGAAUCUGCAAUCCCUCGCAGCAACUCCCGUGUGAGUGCAAGGCAACAGAGUACACAAACGCCGCCCACUUACACACCCAGCAUUCGCUCACUGCCUUUCAAAAAGCAGCAUGCCCUGGCGAAGCAAGCGCCGGUCCUGUUUGGAAGUGGACAAAAACCAAAGCCAGCGCUAGCGCCAGCAUCAGCUACGCUGCGUUCCAACAAUGCCCAGGAGACCGCGAAGUGGUUUUCGCACCUGUCAACGAGGCGAAAACACGAGAAAGCUAAAUUCAGAGAGCCAGAUCCCAAUAUUGAUCAACUAGAGCUUGUUCGACCGUCAGACUGGUCGUCUAAAACACCUCUGCACCUUCUCAAGUCCGAUCCUUACAAUGCUAGCCCAUCUGUUGACCAAAAUCGAGAUUCAGUCCAGAUCGUGACUGACCAGUCUAUUCCACACAUGGAGGCUGAUCACUCAGAUGCACCUGCUCACUUGUCUGCCCCGCUGACUGAUCCACCAAAUCAAGACCGGAUCAAGUACGACCGUCGCGAUAAAUCGGGCCAAGAUGUCCCCGAGCUACCUCGUAGGGUGCCGGGUCCCAAAGCUAAAUUCGUGUCCGGCCGCUUUUGCAAUCCCGGUGAGGUCCCCACGUCUGCUAAAAGGCUUAUCGCAACUAAGGCGGGGCAAUAUAUUGAGGUUUGGUUUCAGCAUCUCUGCACGCUGGAGGAUUAUGAGGUUCUCUGUUAUAACUCACGGUCGCGGCAUCGCACAUAUUGUAGGGGCUGGAUUCAGGGUUUCAAUGAUACGGAGUCCAAUAUAUAUAAUAUGGCACGGGAGCUUGAGCAAGGCGACCUUCUCGCGAUUUUUCCAGGCAAUCAGGGUACGCCACACAACGUGUUACUGGCCUACCCGUCUAAUUCACUGAAGCUUGAGUCACUCAACGACGGCUACUUCAGGAAGGAGCCGGAUACCUUUCUUAACCUUGUUGUGAGAGAUCCGUUGGACUCUCUUGACUUUAUUGAGCGACUACCAUCUAGGGCAAGAGCCGACGACCGGUGGACAGAUACUCGCCGCCAAGAACUCGUCGUGAGGGAUUCUCCGGAUUAUGAACUACCUCGGAGUGGAUAUGACGGCAUAGGAGACGUCGCCGACGCCCCAAUGUCAAUUCCAUCAACUGAGCAGGGAAACACAUCAACAGAAAGGCAAUCCAAAGAAGUCACUAUUGAGACUAGGUUGGAUUCAUCACCAAAGCCACGAAAGGUCGAUUCAUCGGAACGGCAAUUGAACAGGAUUGGAAUACCCGUGAAGCCAGACAAUUUACAAGAGCCAUUGAAGCUACAGUCUGAGGAAAUAUCCAGUCCAGCGAAGCCAGACUCUUCACAGAAGCCUCUGGAGCCAGCUUCGGCCGAAACGAACGAGAAGUCUACCAGUCAAGUGCAAGACGAACCCAUGGAAAUAGAUGAGGAACAAAACGAACCCAUGAAGAUCCAUGAACAACAUAGUUCUGCUUCAGCGCCAGGCGAACAGGAUCCAGCAGCCCCCGCACCUACGGCCGAUCUGGGAAGUAUUUUCGAAACAGAAUUUGGAGUAUCUUAUGAGACUCUAGUGACAGUGAACUCCACAGGAAAGGUGCAGAGAGCAGAAGCAUUCUUUCUCUUGUUCGAGUCCGAGAGACUUCAGAGCGAACUUGUAAUUCUCCAUGCCUUUCUAAAGAAACAUAAUCCUGUUAUAUAUACUUGGCAGCAGAAGGAUGACUGGGAGAAAUUUGCACGAGCUGUCCAAGUAGGGGUGGUUUUGGUUCACGAGAGCUGGGUCGACUUCAACAAGUUGUCUUUCUUCCAAAACCUCGUCAACAAGCCGAUCAACUUCUGGAGCGUCUCUCUGGCCAAACCUCUCCAAUAUGCCGGUCACCACUCCCACUUCCAGCGCAUUUUCCCACAUGGCGGGGCUAUAUUGGUGACGGAAGACAUAAUGCUCCAGGAUCCGAAAGCAACCAUGGCGAUACUGGCAUGGUUUGCUGACUUCAUCAAGAAGAAGUACCCGGGAUAUUGGAAGAUCAUGUUCCGGCCCGCUAUCCUGGACUGGAUCUUGCAACAAUUAGAAAGUGCAGACGAAUCAGCACGCGGACUAUGGCCUACAAUGUACCGUUUAGUCUUAGAGUGUUGCGGCGUUCCCGCAAACGACACCCCCAUUGCCGAGUUAUCAUCCGGAGCCCAUGACGACUACUUCGAAAGCAACGCCAUAUCCCCUCCCAGCCUUCCAAAUUAUGGCACCCGCACUGAAGCAGAUAAUCCAGACAUCCCAAAGGGCCUAACCCAAGACCAGCGCAAUGCAGAUCACCUUAUUGAAUUCUUUGCCGGCUGGGGCCUGGUCCAUCGCCACCGAUACCGACGUUUGCUCGUCCUUACGCAAACAACACCCCUGGACAGAUGGAAAGAAUGGCAACACAUCGACAUCAAAUGUGGCUCGAAUGCGUUCAUGAAAACACUCGGAAUCAGCUAUAGAUACUACUGGUCAAAAGUCAUUGCUGCUCCUUCCUCGUCUUCAGCAGCCUCUUCUGCUCCUCUUACUUCUUCCAGACCAGGUACACCGUCUGAAACACGAGCCCCAUCGGAGUCCUUCACGCCUCGGACGCCAAAGUCUCGGACUUCAUCCGUGUCAAUGAUCAGGGAUAUGGAUGGAGCUAGCUACUAUGGUCGGGCAUCUGGCGGAGUACCUUCUUAUCCGAAUCCAUACAGAUGA